AUGUCAACAAGUCCUGCUUCCCCAAGAGUUGUUGCACGGCAAGCGUGUGAUAUAUGUCGUAUCCGGAAACGAAAAUGCACAUUCAACUCCCAGGACAACAUAUUUUGGACAAACACAUCAGAGUCCUCCAUGGUAUGCGACAACUGCAAAAAGUCAGACUUGCAGUGUACAUUUCAUAUACCAUCAAAAGUACGAGGCCCAAAGAGGAAAACCGACUACCAAUUCAUCGUUCAAGGGUCGUCGGCACUUUCGGAAACAAACGAGGGCCCGAGUCCAAGUCCAUCAAACUCGUUCGCAGCAUCCGGAAGUUCUAUUGCAUCCUACGCAGAGCCUUUUGACUCGCUUGGAAGCUGCAUACUUCCGUUCGCGACUGAUGUGUUGUUCUCUCGAGAUCUUGUUCGCUUCAUCCUCAGCGACUAUCUUACAUACGUUUAUCCGUUGAUCCCUGUCAUUCAUCGCCCAUCGUUUAAAGUAGAUCUUGAAGCGAAUCGAGAUUUAUACGAUGAGGACUUCCUCGCUUUACUCAUCUCCCUAUGCGCAGCUACAGUCGCGCUGCUACCAUCAAGGUUCCAAAUAUAUCGCGACUUUUCAAGUCCACUGCCGUUUCAGACACGUUCAGAGAUGACAGGGUGCUGUUACAAGAUCAAUCAGAGCUUUCGAAGCACGACAUAUUUUGACACGGUUAGUCAUCAGAAAUGGGCGAGUAGUUUUCUUCUUGGUGUCGCGUUUCAUCAAACAGGCAAUAACAAUCUGUGGAGAAUGCUUGAGGUGGAAUCCAUGCAACUCUUACGUCUAUUGGUGGUGCAGAAGGUCUCAAGCUACGCUGGCUUGGACGCCAUUGAGGUCCAACUUCGCAAAAAGGCCUUUUGGUUGAUGUUCUAUGGCUAUGUGCAUCAGAUGCAUAACUUACGCAACGAGCGUCUAACCUUUCUCGACCCUGUACUAUCAUGCGAGAUAAAUUUCAAGGACCUCAUGCCAGCUCCUCUCGAUGACGAAUAUAUAUCAACCAGUGGAAUCUUGCCAUGUCCUGAGUCUGAAAUCUCCCAGUCUCUAACCUCGGGAUUCAACGUCCACUCGCGGAUCUUCUUGGCAGCUUUAAAAUCUGCCGGAUCUGAUGCUCAACGGCAUUGCAUCUGUAAUCACGUCAAAGAUCCCGCAUUACGUUUAACAUCUCUACGAGAGAGACUAUAUCACCUCAAGUACAUCCUCAACUCGAUAUUACCAGCGUACAGACCGUGGAAUAAGUCGGUUACGCCCACCAUACCAUUCGAUGCAGUUGAUUUGGCCAACUUCCAGCGCGACGUGAUUCGUGCCAACAUACAUGUCACACAUCUGUGGCUUCAGGUCAUGCUACUUGAUCAAAUUGAUGCACUUGGCAACCAGAGUGAUGAUUCCACAAGGCCACAAGACUUGGUACUGUGUGACGAGCGUGAAGACAUCUCACGUCAAUUUCUCGAUCUUUUGAACUCUCUUGGGCAGCCCAGUGUGGAACCCAAUGGUCUUUCAUUGAUGUUCCUUCACGCUAACACAAGAUUCACAGGUUUAUAA